UCCCCACUGAUUACAAACACGGAAAUUCAGGAGGUAGACGUCAGCGUUGCACGACUGCAAGAUUCAUAGGUUUUGUGAAAAUAAUUUGCCUCGCUUGAUUCCACAGGUGUCUGAAUAGAAGCACAGAUCAUUUAUCGCAUUUUCAGUCUAUGGAUUUUCUGCAGUUGCUAUCAUGUGCGUGCAUCAUAUUCACCGUCGGGAUGUUCACGACGGGAUUGACAGACUUGAAGAAAAUGAAGGCCACACAGAGUGCAGAUAACGUACAGUUUCUGCCCUUCCUCACCACAUGCUUGAAUAAUCUAGGUUGGCUGUACUAUGGAUUACUGAAGGGAGAUGGAACAUUGAUGUCUGUGAACAUCAUCGGGGCCUUUUUACAGACCUUAUACAUCAUCACCUACUGUCAUUAUACCAAAGACAAGAGGCGAGUGUACUCGCUGACGCUGGCGAUGGUGAGUGUGUUGUGUGUAGGCUGGGUGUAUUUCACUGUGCUUAUUCCUCCUGGAGAAGCUCAGCUCUCUCAGCUGGGUCUGACCUGCAGUGUGUUCACCAUCAGUAUGUACCUCUCUCCACUCGCUGAUCUCCUGGAUAUUGUGCGAACUAAGUCUGUGGAGCGCUUGUCUUUUUCCUUGACCGUCGCUACAUUUUUCACAUCGACAUCAUGGACACUGUAUGGCCUUCAACUACAUGACUAUUAUAUCAUGGUGCCCAACACCCCUGGCAUCUUUACUAGCAUAAUUCGCUUCUUCCUCUUCUGGUGGUUCGGAGCUGUCAUGUCAAAUAAGUCCUCCUAUAAACUGAUCCAAAUCUGAGAGAGGAUUUCCACUGAAUCUGAUUGAAUUUAAUGAACUGCCUUCUCUACUUUCCUUUACCCAAGCCAGAAGACAUUCUGGUUUCCUUCAGACUUCCAUGAUACCAUCUGAAGUCCAAGCGCUAGUGAAACUGCCACUUUAAAUUCUGUGAAGACAGACAAUUUUCACUUCUUUGUAGGAAAAAGCAUGGUUUACCCAAAAAUGUUAAUCCUGUCAUAAUUUACUCAUCAUCAUGUUAUAUUCCAAAUCUGUGUUAUGGCAUUAGAAUGAGUAAAUGAUGAAAUUAAAUUACAUUGUUUCUUCAAAAAAAAAAAAAAAAAAAAUACAAACUGAAUUUAUUCACU